ACAUUGAUUGAAGGGAGGUAGUGGGGGAGGUACACAAACAUAUGAUUGAUUUUUCCUCUCUUUCACCGUUGGCGUUUCCGGUGUUUCCACACGAAAAGUGCACCUGUAAUGUUUCACAAAUUCGCGCACGUACUUUAUUUAACGCUCUGUCAAACCCGGAACUAACUGUGCCCUCGUCGCGAUGCCAGCGAAGAUCCAAGCCGGCCAUGUUCCCAAAAUGUGUGAAGUCGAAAUGUCAACAAACGCUAUCCGCCGUGACUCAAAAUGAAUGGCCACAGUUAAAGUAGCCGCUGGGCCCUGGGCUCCAUCCAGUAUCAUGGAUAUGAAUUCUCUCCUGCAUGAUACCAUUGGCGUUCGGGCCAGUCAUGUUAAAACUACGAGCCCCGACAGUGCCGUGUGCGUGGUGCACAAAGAGUGGCUGCAGCAGCUUGUGUCGGGAAGGAAGGUACCGGCGUCGUUUCGACACCAGGACCACUUAACAGACACGGAGUGCAGCGUGCUCAUUCACCAGCCUCCCUCUGCGCUCUCUCAGGAUUUCUGCUUUGUCACGGUCGUCCGGAUUCCCAAGCUCACAAACAGAUUCGUGUCACUGCGGUUGAAGGAGCCAUGGAGUCGAUCGCACGACCUCGGCUACCUGGAGCUCGUGCGGUAUGUCUCGGAGACCAACUAUCGCAACAUCUGGAAAGAAGCCAACAGUGCGAGCUCCAAGCCGCGGGGUUCCCAGGAUAGGGGCUCUAUCAAGCUCAAGCCCGUCAAGGAGUACAACACUGCAAUUCGAGAGAUCUUGUCCAGGCUGUAUGUGUGCCCUGUCAUACAACGGAGCGGAGAUAAUGAUCCUACGGAGGGUGCUGAACCGGGGACCCCACAUCCGAACCUGGUUCCGGCCCACUGUGCUAUAGAGACUGCCUCAGAGUUCCUGCUGUUCCUGGACUUUAGGGAACACACCGCGGAACACUGCGCCAUGUUUAGUGCUGCCGUGCUGGUGGGCUCUCGUCUGCUCUUUGUGGUGUACCAGUUGCUACGUCUGCUCCGUUACCUCCAUGACCUGGGCUUGCCAUUGGGGCCCGUAACGCUGGGAGAUCUGAGCCUGGAUCAUCGGUUCUGGCUUCAGGCGACACCACCUUGGUGGCUAGCCCUCCAGCAAGAUUCAUGGGAGGAGACCUUUGUUGCUGAGGAACCAUUAGCUAAGACAGCAGUUUGUCCUGAAGCCUCUAGCACGAAGGGCAGAGGUGGUUCAUCACUACCACCUCUGAAUGUGCUUGUGGAUGAAUGGGUUCGAGGGCGCAUGAGCAAUUUCGAGUACCUCAUGGCACUGAAUAAGCUGUGCGGCCGUCGGGGAGGCAACCCCCGCCACCACCCGGUCCUCCCCUGGGUGCGGGACUUAAACCAGUCUGAGGGUGGCUGGAGGGACCUGGGCCGGUCCAAGAUGCGGCUCACGAGGGGGGACCGGCAGCUGGAUGUCACCUACGAGUCGGCCUCCAUGUCACAAGCUUCACAGCCACCGGGCCACAACCCUCUCGACCGGGCGGUUCAGGUUCCCCACCACGUCUCCGAAGCCCUGUCGGACAUCACCUACUACGUGUACCUGUCGAGGCGGCUGCCGCGGAGCGUGCUGUGCGAGCACGUUCGUCACAAGUGGGUGCCUGCCGAGUAUCCCGCUUCGGUACAGCGUCUUCAGGAAUGGUCCCCGAACGAGUGCAUCCCAGAGUUCUUCACGGAUCCGACGGUCUUCAAGUCCAUCCACGAGGAUCUUCCGGACCUUGAAGUUCCGCCAUGGUGUUCGAGCCCCGAGGACUUUGUUCGGCGACACAUGGGGGCUCUCGAGAGCGAGAGAGUGUCCGAACACCUUCACCACUGGAUCGACAUCACCUUCGGAUACAAGCUGACUGGAGCUGCAGCAGUGAAAAGCAAGAAUGUCUGCUUACCCCUGGUGGACGGCCACACCUCAUUGCACAGCUGUGGCGUGGUGCAGCUCUUCACUGUUCCCCAUCCGCACAGGGCGGCACCCAGCCUGUACCACUCCCGAUUCUCGCCACCCAAGACGUUUCGUCUGCAGCAUACUUCGUCCUCGUCUGGAUCCCCUCUACUCCGGCAACAUUCAAGUACAUCAAGCACAUCUUCUCGAAGGAAGGGACGCCAAGAUGGCUCUGAGAAAGAGGACACCAAAGAUAACGAGGACGAAGGGAUCCUAGAAGUGUUCCAGACACGCCGGAAGUCCACAAACAUUGUAAAGUCGAGGUCAGUGGGACAACAACUGAGUGCAGGUCCUGCGCCAGUGCCGGCGGAAACCCAAGUCAUAGUGCUGCCGAAAGACUACAGUCCACUCAUGAAGCUGCAGCAAGUGGAGUCUCUUUGUGCAUUCUGCCUACAUCACCCUCCGCAUCACUUGCCACCCUCUAUUGUUGCGACAGAAUCGAAUCAGGCUUGCGCAGACGCAGAAAGCGAGAGUUCCGCCGGACGACACCGUAGUCCGACGUCGCACGCUGCCGACAUGUACCUGCUGGGCUGCCUUCUGGUGGAGAUGUCAGUCUUCUCGGCCGCUUCGCCGCAUGCCUCAAGGAAGCUUGCCGAGCGCUAUGUGCACGCCCUGCAGGUGCAGAAGCUGUACCCCAUGAAGUUGCCCAAGUGCCUGCAGAAUGCAGUGAGGGUGCUGCUCCAGACAGAGAAGCCUCCCACCCACUUGUCCUUGCUGGGGGGCAGUUCGGCGUCGGGGGGUGCGCAGCCAGAGUGGCGUUACCCCUGUGUGUGCGAGGGAGGGCUGCCGCCGCCAUCCGCCCAUCAGCUGCUACAGCCGCUCCUGUCGACGAUCCCGUUUCCGACGCACUACCCCGCGCUCUACGAGUUCCUGUCCACGCUGGAUGCCUUGACGAGCGCCUCCGACAAGGUGAAUCACGUUUCCCGGACGCUGCCCAACCUGCUCACCAGGCUGAGUCGGCAGGACCUGGACCUGGUGAUGGGACACCUGAGCGACCUGUUCUCCCAGAGGGAGUCCUCGCUGCUGGCGGUCUGGCAGCUCUUCGACCUCGUGGGCACCGCCCUGGGGCCCCGCGCGCUGGCUGAACGCCUCCUCGGGGUGCUGGUUGCCCUGAUGUCAACUGACCAGCCAACCACGCGCCACCUGAGGCUCUUUCACCGGUCUUUCCUUCUUAAGCUUCAGGUACGAUUGGGCUUAAAGACCUUUCUUCAGUACUUCACAACUCUUCUCGUCGAAGCCGUCGGAGGGUACCGCGACACCGCCUCUCAAAAUCCGGACACCCAACAUCCCACCAUUCCGCGCAAGAGCUCUCACCUGAGUUCCUCCGACUACGAGCCCCUCAUGGAGCCGAGCCUGAGGUCGCGGGAUCCGUCUCCGUCUCGGCUGGACCAGGCGUGCUACACCGACGAAGAUUCCAACGACCUCUCAAACUCCCCGGAACCGGUUCCGGCCGGCGAGCCCGAGAUGUUCCAGCUCGAAGCCGACACGGAAUCGCCGCCCUUCGCCGACGACGACGAGCCAAAAAGUUCAAUGGGCUUCAUGAGGAUGCCAAGAUGGCCCCCAAGGCAGGAAGGAGAGCCCAACCGAGGUCUGGCUGAAAGUUCUCAGGGACAUGCAGAAGCACCGAUCACCAGCACCCCUUCUAUGUCGUCUGCUCUUCCGGCAAACGUCGAGCCAGCCAGCGAGGCCACGUCAUCGGAAGAUUCCGUGAGCGGAAACUGCAGCUUGAGCGACGUGGCGGCCGAAAGCGUGGUGUGGCUCGCGCAUCGGCUGGGACCGGUGUUGACAGCCAAGCACCUGAGCCGCAACCUGCUCCGCAUGCUCACACUGUGCUACCUGGGACCACAGCAACUCUGCAGGGUCAAGGGACCGCCAGCCGACGGCGACGUGAGCCUAUUUGAGCACUGGGUCGUGGGAGACCAGACAGCAGCCAGAGUCCUCGACAGCUUGUCCAACCUGGCCAUGCUUUACGGAGAGAGCUUCAUCACCCUCCAGUACCUUCCUCAUGUUGCAGACUUGUUACGACUGUGCAAGAAACACCUAACAGACACUCUGGAAGCAGGACUGAUUGGAGCUGUUACGCUUGUCAAGCACGUGCUGCCUUUUUUGUCAGACACAACACUCAUGAGCCAUUUGCAGGAAGUGGUUCUGAAGAACAUCCUGUACCCGCUGGUCCAGCUCUCGUCUUCCCUGCACCACUGCUUCCCGGGCGGCACCACCAGCCGGGCCGUGCUCACCCGCAAGAUCGCCGACACGCUGUACCUGGUGGGGCUGCGCAUCGGCUUCCAGAUGUCGCGGCGCCACCUGUCGGACCUGCUCCGGCGCUUCUUCGCCUCCUUCGAUCGAGCCUUCCACACGGGGCCCCUCAGCCAGGUGGAGCACCUGACGCCCCUUGUCAUUCACGUGGACAAAGCCGAGGCCAUGCAGCAGUCCAUGGACGACUACUUGUGCAUCAAGAAAGACAGCGCGAGCCAGGAGUACAAGAUUGGGACGCCGGUCAAGAUGUCCUCAGUUUUGCCCCUGCAAGGCUCUCCCCCUUACCCGUGUUCCCCUCCUCUCGAGAACAAGGACCCCAACAGAAUUUAUGAGCGAGCUCUCAAAGAGAUCAAGCAGGUGUUUACUGCGGAGCUAGCCUUCACGACUUACGUUCCCCUGUGCAAGUUGGCUGGAGGGAUUUACAUGGAGGAGACACUGACCAACAACGACCUCAUCCUCGAACUGUGUGCCGCUCACGACGCUCGUCUCACUUCUGGUGACUCUGGUGGCGAUGCUCCGGGUGGAGGGGGAGGUUUCAAGAAGACUCACUACCGCCUUCCUUCUGCCGGCCAAGACGAGGCCAUUGUGAGCGGGGAGUUUGGCAAGAACGUGGCCAUGGUGGGAAACCGGAUUGACGUACAGCUCGGAGAAGAAAGCCAUCUUGUGGCCGCCGGUGAACUUCCAGACACUGCGCCAAAAUACGACAUCAACUUGUUGAUGAGGAAAAUGACCAACAGCCAGCGCCAUCUGAAGGGCAAUUGGCUGGCGUACUGGGAGCACGAGAUCGGGCGCAGCGACAAGGACGCCCACUUCAACUUCAAGCAGAUCAAGCUGCAGUCGUUCUCGGGCCACACGGGGGGCGUGCGGUCGCUCGAGGUGCUGGACAACGAAAACUCAUUCCUGUCCGGCAGCAAGGACCGCACGGUCAAGCUGUGGUCCCUGCGAAGCUCGGGCGACGGUUCGGCUGUCGUGGCGCCCCAGUGGACCUACCCGCACCACCGGAAGGCGGUCGUGUCCGUAGCCUUCCUGCCCUCCCUGCGCCUGGUCGGCUCCAGCGAUUACGCCGUGCACAUCUGGGAUCCCUUUAUGGGCUCAUGCUUGAAGCAGUUUGACUCCAGCAAAACGCAUCCCGUCACGGCCCUGCUUGCCAUGCCAUCUCCCAGCACCACCUUCCUGGCUGCCACGUCAAACUCCACGGUCAGGUUCCUGGACACCCGCACAAUGCGGUACACCCACGAGGUGCGGGUGUCCACGGGGUCGGCGGGCGUCGUGCGCUGCCUGGCAGUGGGGCCCAGCGGCAACUGGCUGGCCGUGGGCCACUCCUCGGGCGUGCUCUCCGUGCUGGACGUUCGCACGGGCUUCAUGCUCGGCUCCUGGGUGGCUCAUGAUGGAGAGAUCCUCCAGCUCAAGGCGUUCAAUGACACCUACUUCGUCUCCUCGUCCCUGGAUCAUGCUGUGUCCGUUUGGAAUGCCGAGGAGGCCAAAUUGCACUGUCACCUGAAAGGUUCAGCGGAGCCGGUCACCUGCCUUAACCUGUACCAGGGCGAAGUGAUAUCUGGGACGUCCGCGAGCAAAGUGAACGUUCACUCGUCUAUCGAUCCCAAGGCCUCCAUCACGAGCACCAAGCUCCGCUCAGACGCAUUCCGCGGCGUCCUUGCUUCAAUGGCGGUACUUCCACUUAACAGGCUGCUACUACUUGGUGCUGACAACGGAAACAUAACACUGCUUUGCUGAUUGUGGAGGGGUUGUAGGUACAUUGCUGCAUCUGGUACAUGCAAGGACAUGUGAUACUGACUGGCACUUGUGUUAAACCUUGAUACACGUGACACCCGCCGGUAUGUUUGGUGCUUUCUGGUUUGUGUGAUAGUGCUUGGUACAGACAAUGCCUGCUGGUACCCCUUGGUACAAGGAGCCGAAUGGUACCUUUGGCAUUUGAGUACAAGACUUAUUUUGGAAUUUGGUACUUGGGUGCCAACUGUACAUACGGCAAUUUUUAAGAUACACGUAUGGGUGUCGGCCGGUUUAUACCGACGAGGCCACGCACAAAGCAGCGGAGACAAUGAAACGGUAAAAGCAUAAAGUUUUCUCAAAGGGAUACUGAAAAGAAAAGGAAUUUAUACCGCAUGUUCAAGAUUAUGUUAAAUAUGACCAUUAAUAAGUGUACAUGAUAAUAACAUGCUUGUAUGUUAAACGGAAUGCUGUAUUUUUGUUCUAAAUGCUCCAUCGUGACGUAUGUUCCUAAAAGCAGUCACCGAAGUGAGAGACCCAUCUGGUGGAAAUACAUUAUAGAAUUUUUACAUAAGUGCUAUAUAGUAUACUUUGUGUAGUGAUGUGCACAGCUUUCUACCUGUAACAAACUUGCAACUACCUUAGCAGAGCCAAUGGACAUUGGCACUUAUACUGCCCUGCAAAACAGCUUCUCCUCAAUGUAGCAGUGCACCGCGGGGAAGUGGUACAGCAAGGCACACUACUAUUUAUGAGUUGUGGUUGUUGAAUUUGCUGGGUUGUUUCCAGUGCUUAAGAGCUGCAUACUUUUUCAUUGCAGCCCUGAUUUUCGCCUAGUUUGCUUUAUGAUAUGUGCUCUAAUUUUUUUGAGUAAGCAGCAUGUACUUAAUUUUAGGGAGCUAGUCGAGCUGGUGACAUUCCAGCUUGCCGUUCAGACGCUUAUGUUAAGAUUUUUUGUAUAAAUAUUUUGUAUAAUACCCUGGCAGUCUUAAGAUAGCAGGCCAUUUCUUCAGCAACAUUUCCAUCAAUGUGAUGUGUCAUAUUUUGCCAGAGAGAAAAUGCUCAUGGACUAUGUUGUGGUAAAAACUGUCUGUAUACUAUACUGAGAUUGUUGGUUGCCCUUGACUAUUCACAUGAUGCAGUUCAUAACGGAAGUGUCAAGUUUUGGGGCAGUUUCAGUCAAAGCUAGCUGGCAAUCAGUGUUAAAAAUGAAUGAAAUCAGAUUUUAUUUAAAUAUACUUGCUUUGUUUUUGUUGUCUUGCCAAAUGCUAUAUGACCAAACACUUUUUUUUUGUAAGAAUUCCAUUGCUGUUUUUCCUCAAUGUUGGAAAGAUGUCCUUUGAUGUUUGAAUGCCUUACUGCUAAUGACCAUUUGAUGCUAGUAUAUUUUUGUGUAAAGUAUUAAGUAUAUACAGUAUUGCCUACUAUACUGCAUUUUCCUACAAUGCAGUUAGGACCAAUAUGAAAACUAGCAGUAGGUAUGCAGAGAAUGGCAUUAUGUCCUUUGCACCAAAGAGAUGUUUUGAUGCAGUUGUAGUACCAACAUGGUGCAAGUCACAUUUUUUCAUUGCGACUCUUGUACCGAGAUGCGAAAGAAGUCAGUGUGGACGGCACUAGAGCAAGUACCACACAAUUCCACUGGUACCUAUUGCAUUCUGCUUUCAGGUGCUGUCAGUAAAUUCCAAAGAAUUUGUAUAUGGUUGGUCUUUUUCUUUCUUUGUGCUGUUAACUAUGUUCUAUUGCCUUUAUUUAUGAGCAGAUGACAUUAGCUUAGUCUCGAGAUUUUCGUCACAAAAUAGAUUUGGAACUUACGCAAUGUUUCAACAGAAGUGUUCAAAUACUCUAUUUUUUUUGUUUCUAACUAGUUUUAGGUUACCAUGAUGAUAUUAACCGAGACUGGGGCAGAAGGACAUUUUUUUGCAAUUUAGCUUUAGGUGACUAUAUGCUUCCGACCAUAGAUUUCUGUGUAAACUUUCGUUUGAUUAGAAAUGCUCGUAUGAUUUACUUUUUUU